UCUGUCUGCUGCCGCUGGCGCGCGUUCGUCCGCGGUGCACCGGCGCGACGCGACGCCGACGUCGGCGAGGUGGAGGACAUCAAGCCGCCCGACACCAGCCACGACAGCCACCGAUCUGACAGCAGACAGUCCGUCGUUCGUUCGCCGUGGGGUGUCGAGUCUGCACACCGGCAGCAGACGACGCCAGCAGACGACGCGCCCAUACCGGGAUAACAUAACCGCGCCAAAAAGCGAGACCGGGCGACAGCCGGCACUAACCUCUUAACGUCCAACGUGUCGCCGUGUGCGAGGAAGAGUGAGUGUCAAGUGCAAACAUGCGUGCGGGCCGACGUUGAGACAAGCAGAGACAGAGACAGUCGAGUUGGUGUCGUCGCGUGAAUAAGGAAGAACCAUGACGGUGACGUACACCGGCGAAGUCGCCACCUGCCGGGGCUUCGGCUGUUUCCUCAAACUUUUGAUUCGGUGGCGUGGCAGCAUCUACAAGCUGGUAUGGCCGGACCUGGCCACCUUCCUCUUCCUGUACUACACGCUCAACUUGACGUACCGCCUCGCCCUCGACAAGGAGCAAAAGAUAGUGUUCGAGGCCGUGGUCAAGUACUGCGAGGCGUACAGCGACCUGAUCCCGCUGUCCUUCGUCCUGGGCUUCUACAUCUCCAUCAUCAUGCAGCGCUGGUGGGACCAGUACACCAGCAUCCCGUGGCCCGACCCCAUCGCCGUCUUCGUCAGCGCGCACGUCCACGGCCAGGACGAGCGUGGUCGCCUGAUGCGGCGCACCAUCAUGCGGUACGUGUGCCUGUGCCUCACCAUGGUGUUCUCCAUGGUGUCGCCGCGCGUCAAGAUGCGCUUCCCGACGCUGGACCACUUCGUGGAGGCCGGCCUGCUGCUGGAGAACGAGAAGGUCAUCAUCCGCGACCUGGACGACAAGUUUCCGCGCCACUCGAAGCACUGGCUGCCCAUCGUGUGGGCGGCGUCCAUCGUGACGCGCGCGCGGCGCGAGGGCCGCAUCCGGGACGACUACGCCUCCAAGACCAUCAUCGACGAGCUCAACAAGUUCCGCGGCCAGUGCGGCAUGCUGCUCAACUACGACUCCAUCAGCGUGCCGCUCGUGUACACGCAGGUUGUGACGCUGGCCGUCUACUCGUACUUCAUCACGUCUGUCAUCGCCCGUCAGUGGCUGGAGGUACAUCCCGAUGCCACUGACUCCACCAUGAAGCAUCGUAGCAAGAUCGAUUUGUAUUUCCCUUUCUUUUUAACACUUCAGUUUUUCUUUUACAUGGGAUGGCUUAAAGUGGCAGAGAGUUUGAUCAACCCCUUUGGUGAAGAUGAUGAUGACUUUGAAGUAAACUGGAUUGUAGACCGCAAUGUGCAGGUUUCUUACCUUAUUGUUGAUGAAAUGCAUCAUGAACACCCUGAGCUGAUCAAAGACCAGUACUGGGAUGAGGUGCUGCCAGCUGAAUUGCCAUAUACUGUUGCAAGUGAACCAUUUAGAGAAGAACACCCUCAGGCUUCCACAGCAAAUAUGGACAUUCCAGCAGCUGGCACAACUCUCUCGUUCAAUUCCACAAUGAAAUUAGACGAGUUGGCCAUGGGUGAUCAUAUGGUUCAAGAUGAUGCAGCUAGUGGCAUACACUUCUUGGCUAAAAGCGCUGGAAGCCGUCCUCAGUCCCACUAUUAUGAUAGAACACUGUCAACGUCCUCUAAUACAUCAAUCAACACCAAUAUGGGAAUGGGUUCUGUGGCAGGAUCUCUGCAUCGUGUAGCCUCUGUAACGUCAGUACUUAAAAGACUAUUUUCUAGAGAGCCGCCCCAACCACCACCUGCCAUUCCUAUGGCCUCAGUUGAAGCCGGUAACACUCUUAUCAUAAGCAAUACCGGUGGUCACAGUGCAGGAGUACCUGAUGCCAGCAGCUUCAAAAGAUCGACUAGCGGCAGCUCUAUCAAUGUUAUCCCCAAGGCUGCUGGUGGUUCAGUACGUCUCACAGAUCAAGUCAUUGAAGAGGUUGAUGAGCAAACAACAAUAACUUCGAUGCGGCGCCCCGAGCCGCGGCCCAAUGUCAGAGAUAUUUUCGCCAAGGGAGAAGAUUUGAGCAAAGAUCUAGAUACUGUAGAUGCCAGUGAAGCUCUUCUAGGUGCCCCUCCUCCGUCUGCUCCUGUAAAUGUGCCCCGUUCUACCCUUGGAGCUCAUAUGCAAAAUUCACAACACACUGCCUUGUCUAGCUCGGCUCCUUUACAUGGAGGUCACCUUUCUGUGGCAUCACAGUCUAGAUUUAGUGAUAACUUCCCUGAGGUGCUAUCUGUCCAAAGCGCUCCUGGUUUCUCGCCACCACAAAGUCAUAUGGGUAGCAGGGGCAGCCUUGCUGCCGCUCCUAUUGUUGAUGCUGAGGAAACCAUAAGCAUUGGUGCGACAAGUUCUGAAAGUGGAGAUGACAAUGACAUGGAUGAAUUUACUAGACUUAAACGAGCUAGACAGAGGGAGCAAAGGCAGCGUCAGCUUGCACGAUCCAUCAGCCAACAGCAAGCAGCAAUCGCUGCUGUAAGUGCACAUCGUCGCAGAGAAUCAGGAGCAGAAUCCAUAAUCAGUGACAAUGAAAAUCUUCUAAUGGAUCUGACUGAUAGUUCUAGAGCGGGUCUUUUACCAUCGUCACCACUCCAUCCAAACUGAGUGAAUGUCAAGGGGGACAACAUUUUACAAGGGAGUGUUUCUAUACACCGAUCAGUUUUGCCACAUCUACUUGAGUAAGAUUAAGUGUUUGAUAACUGGCUGUAAAAAUGUGUCAAAUUGAUGCUUUCUCUUGUAAGUUUUGAUCUUACAAAUGUGGCACCCAAUUGAGUAUAUGUUGAACACUUACCAUGGCACUAAUCAAUGUUCUCAUUCUAGUCUUAGUCAUUAAGAAAAAUGCAGACUAUGUUUUUUAAACAAGUGGUUCAUUGUAUUCUUAAUCAUGUUCAAUUAAAAAGGCCAUUGUUUGAGGUAAGCAAUUGAAUUUGUACUAGUAUAUGACAAAAUUCAACUCAUGUUGAAAAUCUUUACCAGUUGAUAAUAUUUUAUAAAAAAUUGAUACUUGUAAUUUAUUUAUUUUAAUUUAAAAAUUGAAAAGUACACAACUAGUGUGUAUUCUGUCAUUGUCAUUCAAAUCACAUCUGGAAAGUUCGUGUACAUUUUUCUCCCUUCGUGCGUUUGUUUCUUAUUUUUAGAUAGUUUUAAUACUCUGCAUUACCUUGCUGUAAUUUGUUCUUAACAUUCACUGGUGCUCCACACCAUAGGACACAGCAACAUAAAUGUUGCAUAGUUGUAUAAAAUGACAAUAAGUUACCAAUUUACAACUUUUUUUUUGUUUAAGUUUUGCAAUUUUUCCAGAACUACAGAAAAAAAAUCUUGUUUCUUUAUAGCUUUAAUUUUGAGAGUUUUUACUGCCAACUUUACUCACUGUGCAGCCUCAACACAUGUCAAUUUUCGAAUGUUGAUGUAAGGUAAUGCGAUGAAGCCAUUCCAGAAUCGACUCUGUACUUGUUAUACUGUAUGUAUUGCUAUGAAAAUUUGUUCACAAAUGUGCUGUGAUAGAAACUAAUAUUAUAGUAUUAUAUUUAGCACUUAAUUUCGGAGAAAGUCCUUCCUGUUGGAAGGUAACAUUUCCUGAAUGUGCCUAGGCUUAUGGAAUGUGCAAUUGAUCUACAUGGGACCAAUCUGUCCACAUAAAAUUUAGGUCCUUGAGUAUUAUUAAAAUUUUAGCUUUGUUUUUUGAGAAAAUGGAUUGCGAACAUGAUCUUCGUUUAUUGAAAUGUUAGUUUUGUAAAUAUGCCAGGCUUUUAUUAAAUAAAAUCUCAUCGAAAUGUA